CUUUCAGUUGGAAUUACGAAAUAAAAAGAUGAGAAUAGCCGUCAUAUUUCUUAUACUGCCGGCGUUGGCAUAUGCCGCUCCAGAGAAGAGAUUCUUAAUGGAUGGUAUUGAUCAUAGAAGAAUUAGACAAGACCUUCAGCUGAUAGUUGAUAUAGCAGGAAGCAACGAAACCGAAGAAGCUUGUGAAGACGCUGUUCACAGGAUCGCGACUGGACUGUUGUUCCAUAGUGCACAGUUGUUAUGUCAUUCGUUCCAGGCUCUUGUUCAACGCUUCCACAUCGUUCCAGACCCAACUACUACUACAGCAGCCCCAGUUAAGCGAUUUGUUUUAGAUACCUUAUUGAGCAUAGUUAAUGUGGACAUAUUUAGACAUGACCUCCAGUGUAUGGUUGAUAAACUAGGAAGCGAUCCUACCGAACAGCAAUGUGAAGAAUAUGGACACUCAUACCUGACCGGCCUCCUGGAUCAUUCUGUAGCUCUCAUAUGUCAUGGGUUCCAGGAGCUUGUUCAUCAUUUCAGUGUUGUACCGCAAGGCAAUGGUACUACUUCGUGUGCCUAAGCAAAGAGAUUGAGUUGAAUGCGAAGAUCAGUGGACACCCCGACUUUUUAUUCUGAAAUAUGGACAUUUUGAAAUAAAUCUAGCAUCUUAA